CCUUCAGCCAUUUCUAAUUAAAGAGCAUUUGUUCUAAUAAGAGCCCACUCAUCAACAAAGCAACAAAGAUGUCUGUCUACGGUCAAGGUCGAAACCUUUGCUCGUGGCUGGCGCUACUCGGUAUGGCCACGCUGGUCACCUCUGCUGCUGCUGCUACUCAUCGCUUCAAGAUGCUCAGUAGCCAGAGAGUGCGCUCUAUCAUGCGUUGCAGUGAUAUAGAGUCUCUGAGAACACAUGACUUCCCUGGAGUGCUCAAGGAGAGAGUGCCUGGGACCCCCGGUCAUGAGGAAGUGCGCAAGUAUAUAGUGUCUCGACUGAGUCAGCUGAACUGCUCUCGAUGGAACAUUACAGAGCAUUCAUUUGAAGAUGAUACUCCGCUAGGCAGGAAACCAUUCACUAACAUCAUAGCCACUCUGGACCCUCAUGUGAGCAAGAGACUUGUACUGGCUGCUCACUACGACUCUAAGAUACUCACUGGGAAACAGUUCCUAGCAGCUACUGACUCUGCCCUCCCUGUGGCCCUACUACUGGACCUGGCUCUCACUCUCGAUGAGAAGCUACUGGAGAGAGAGCUAGCUGACUACUCACUCCAACUCAUCUUCACUGAUGGGGAGGAAGCAUUUCGUUACUGGACAGCUACCGACUCCCUGUAUGGCGCUAGGAGGCUGGCUACUGACAUGGCUGGAGAGCUACUGAGUGUGGAGGAUAACAAUGGGCUAGAGGCUAUGACAGCGUUUGUACUGCUGGACCUGAUUGGAGCAGCGAGUCCAUCCUUCCAUGACAUGUAUGAACCAGGCAGUCAACUCUUCCAGAGAAUGGUCAAGAUAGAGCGGAGGCUGCAUGAUGAUGGUCAUUUAGAGGGCCACUCCAGCCACUACUUCAAUGAGCGCACAGCUUAUGGUCUUUAUCACAUUGAAGAUGAUCACAAACCAUUUCUUGAUAAAGGUGUACCUAUAGUGCAUCUCAUAGCCUACCCAUUCCCCUCUGUCUGGCACAAGUCAUCGGACAAUGCUCAAGCUAUAGACUGGAACACUGUAGCUAACCUCAGAAAAAUCUUUUUAGUGUUUCUGCACGAAUACUUUCACCUACGUUAAUGUUACUUCAUGCUGCAAUAGUGUCCAGCCAUUGUUAGCCAUUAUGUCUAAUGGACCUCAUGAUUCAUG